AUGGAUAAUACAUAUUCGAACGUCCGUGUUCCUGGUGCAAAUGAUAAUGUUUAUAAAGAUGAAUGCAUGUAUUCAUUUGAUAAUCCUGAAUCUGAAAAUGGUCUAUUUGUUUGUAUGUCAACAUUUUACGGUAUAGGAAAAGAUAAUGUUAGUAGACAUUGUAAAUUAAAUCCAGGAAAAAAUGUUUUUUUACACAUUUUAAGACGACGAAAACCUGUUGCGAUUGAAAAUCAAGAUACCGAACCAUCUAAGGUAACAAAAAUGGCUAUAGGUCUGCAGGGCGGUUUUGAUUUAGCAAAUCGUUUUGCAUUUGAUGAAAAAUAUUCAAUCUAUAUUCAUGGACCAAAUAUUGUCAUACCGUAUCCCGAAAAUGCCGCAACUUUACCCGAACAUGUACAACGUUCUGCUGCCGCUAUUAUUCAAUCUGAAUCUGCAUUUUUCAAAGAAGAAUUAGCAAGAACUAAUGCAACUUGGGAUGGUGAAAUAAAAAAAGUAACAAAACAUGCUCAAACCUUGCCUCAAAUGACUAGCACUCGUAGUAUACCGCCCAAUGGUUGGAAGUGUGAUCAAUGUGAUUUAAAAGAUAAUCUAUGGUUAAAUUUAACCGAUGGUGCUAUAUUAUGCGGGAGAAAAUUUUUUGAUGGAACUGGUGGAAAUAAUCAUGCUGUUGAACAUUAUCAUAAAACAAAAUAUCCAUUAGCUGUUAAAUUAGGCACAAUAACUGCUCAUGGCGCUGAUGUUUACUCCUACGAUGAAGAUGAUCUCGUUGAAGAUCCAAAUUUAGCCGUUCAUCUUUCCCAUUGGGGUGUUAAUAUGUUAAAUAUGGAAAAAAGUGAAAAAUCAAUGGCUGAAUUAGAAAUUGAUCUAAAUCAACGUUAUGGUGAAUGGGCAACAAUACAAGAAUCAAACUAUCAAUUGAAACCUAUUUAUGGACCCGGCUAUACAGGAAUGCGUAAUCUUGGUAAUAGUUGUUAUAUGAAUUCUGUCAUGCAAGUAUUAUUUACCAUUAAAGAUUAUCAAGAAAAAUAUUUUAACAAUGCUGAAUAUUAUUUUAAUCAUUCAAAAAAUGUGCCAAAUCCAGCAAAUGAUUUUAAUAUUCAAACGGCUAAAUUAGCGCAAGGUUUGUUAUCUGGAAAUUAUUCGAAAGAAGUUCCAAAUGGUGGAGAUCCAAAUUUACAAGGACCAUCCGGUAUUCGUCCACAAAUGUUUCGUACAUUAAUUGGUGAGAAUCAUAAAGACUUUUCAACAAAACAACAACAAGAUGCUGCGGAAUAUUUACAAUAUUUCAACGAACUUGUUCAUCGUCAUUCAAAACAAGAUGCAUCACCCGAUGCUUUACUUGAUCCAUCACAAUGUUUUGAAUUUCAAUUAGAAGAACGUAUUUAUUGUCCAAGUACAACAGAAGUACGAUAUUUGACAAGAGAAGAUUCAAUGUUUCGUCUUAAUGUAGCCUUACAUGGGGCAAAAAAUAUGCAUGAAGUAUUACAAUACAAUAAAACAAAAGAAGAUAUGGAAAAACAAGGUGUUCCAACUCAAGACUUACUAGUAGUUCGCCCAAUUGUAGCAUUAAAUCAAUGUAUAGCACAGUGGGCUGAACCGGAAUCAAUUGAAGAUUAUAAAUUGAAAAGAAAUGGAUCACCAUUAGCAAUACGUAAAACACAACGUUUUCUUACAUUUCCUGAUUUUCUUUGUGUCCAAUUAAAAAAAUACACAUACAAUCCUGACUGGAGUCCAAGAAAAAUAGAUGUCUCUAUGGAAAUACCCGAUGAAAUUGAUAUAACGUCAUUGCGUGCUGCUGGUAUGCAACCGGGAGAAAAAAUAAUGCCUGAAGAAGAUGACCACGAGAUUAUCGCAACAUCUUCAACAUCAAAUGUUCAUGUCAACGAAGUAUUAUUGAAACAAUUAGUUGAUAUGGGUUUUUCGACAGAAGGUUGUAAACGGGCAUUGAUUAAUACCGGAAAUAAUAAUGUUGAAGCAGCCAUGAACUGGGUAUUUGAACAUCAGAGUGAUCCCGAUUUCGAUUUACCAUAUCAAGCGCCAACAAAAAAAUCAAGAAAAGAAGCAACUCAAGCACCAGUAGCUAGUGAAGAAGAUAUUCAAAUAAUAAUGGCAAUGGGUUUUAGUCGUGCUCAUGCAUUACGUGCAUUACGUACAACAAAUAAUAAUAUUGAAACAGCUGUUGAUUGGGCAUUAACAAAUCCAGAGGAAAGCGCUAGCCUACAAACAUUGAUUGAUACAUUACCACAUCCUGUUCAAGAUUCUAAAUCACUUCAUUCUAAAUUUCGUGAUGGUAAUGGAAAAUAUCGUUUAGUAGCAUUCAUAUCUCAUAUUGGUUCACAUCCAAAUAGUGGUCAUUACGUCUGUCAUAUAUUGAAAGAAGGACGAUGGGUUAUAUUUAAUGAUGAAACAGUAGCACUAUCAGAACAUCCACCAAAAGAUUUAGCUUAUUUAUACUUGUAUAAACGAGAAUAA